GCCACUUGAGUCGCUACGAGGAAAAUGUCAGCUCGCUCAAGCUCGUUGGUGGUGAUUUACGCUUGGUUUAUAGCGCGCGUGUAAACUAGCUUCUCUUCUCGUCUCGUGUCACCGGGACGAUCGAUCGUGUCUUGCUCGGCUUACGAGCAGAAUGGAAGAUCUACUGAAUCAAGGCGCUUCGCCGUCUAGCACUGGCAACUUUUCAGCAGACAGUAGCGGUGAUCUCAAUUCGUCUACCAUAAUGAGUCUGGAUGAAAGGAUAUUGGACAUCACAUCGCGACACACUUUAAACGUUCUUCGAACACCGCCCACUAAAAAAGCCAAAAGAGUCCGAUUUUUCCGCAAUGGAGAUAAAUACUACACAGGCGUGGUAAUGGCAGUGACACCGGAAAGAUAUCGCAGCUUCGACAGUCUCGCGUCCGAUCUCACCCGUGCCUUGAUGUCGAGUGUAACUCUACCGAACGGUGUUCGCGCGAUCUAUACCAUGGACGGCCGUAAGGUGCAGAGCGUCAGCGACUUGGAGGAUGGCAAGUGCUAUGUGGUAUCCGGCCAAGGUGAGAUCUUCAAAAAAGUCGAAUAUUCGGCGUCCAAGGUUCGCCGAGGGAGUUCUUUGUCCGGACUGCCGCAGUCGCCGGCGGCCAGUAGUAGCGGUGGUACCGGUAGGCAGAUCAGCGCCAUUCCGCUGUGCGUGAAAGCGCGCAUCGUGACGUUGAUCCGCCACGGUACCAAGCCGCGCAAAGUCAUGAGAUUGUUGCUGAACAAACGUAACGCCCCGAGUCUCGAGCAUGCGAUGGAGGCGAUUACCGAAGCGGUGAAACUUGACUCUGGAGCGGUUAGAAAAGUGUAUACAUUGUCGGGCCAGCAUAUCACUUCGCUCGAGCAAUUUUUCGACAACGACGAUAUCUUCGUGGCGUAUGGUCCGGAGAAGUCUAUACAGGAGGAUUUUGAGUUAGACUUCGAGGAGAGCAAAUGCGUGCAGAGUUUUCGGCGAUGUCCAUGGAGCUCUAAACGACAGAGCGGCCCGAUGCCGCGUAUGCCGAAAAAGUCUGGCAAGAAGAUGCUCACCACGCCGCAAGUUAGGACACCUAGUCCGUCGUCCUUGAUAUUGCCUCAACCACUGAGAUUACAUUACACUGUGGGACAUGUCAUUGGAGACGGAAACUUUGCCGUCGUUAGGCAUUGCAUUCACAAAUCUACUGGUGCUGAAUAUGCUAUGAAAAUUGUGGAUAAAUACAAGUGUCAGGGAAAAGAGACAAUGCUAGCAAGCGAGGUGGCGAUUCUGAGGCAAGUCUGCCAUCCCAACAUAAUCAGCUUGAUUGCGGAGCAAGAGACUACUGAUCAGCUGUUCCUAGUCAUGGAACUUGUCAAGGGAGGAGAUUUGUUUGACGCAAUCGCAGCUGCGACGAAAUUUUCUGAAGCAGAGGCAAGUGUGAUGAUUGGUCAUCUGACUUCCGCCUUGGCUUAUUUGCAUUCGCAUCACAUUGUACACCGUGAUGUUAAACCGGAGAAUCUCUUAGUUGAGAUGGAUGGUAGUCACGUUAGAUGCUUGAAACUGGGCGACUUUGGACUCGCGCAAGUAGUGCGAGAACCUUUAUAUACUGUUUGUGGCACUCCCACUUAUGUGGCACCGGAAAUUCUCGCCGAAACUGGAUAUGGUUUGAAGAUUGAUGUAUGGGCGGCCGGAGUGAUUCUAUAUAUUCUUCUGUGUGGCUUUCCACCUUUCGUAUCCGUAGAAAAUGAACAGGAGGAACUAUUUGAGCGUAUUCUGAGUGGCCAGUAUGAAUUUACGUCACCAUAUUGGGACACGGUAUCUGAUUCGGCGAAGCAACUAAUUUCAAACAUGCUACAAGCACAACCGGAACUUCGCUUCAGUGCCGAGGAUGUGUUGGAUCAUCCAUGGCUCGCGCAGAGCUUUCUAGGAGGCGAGCAAACCGCAACAGCAACAACCACCGACGCAUCGACGGAGCAAUACCGGAAUCAGCAGUGUAAGCCGAUAAGAUUGGCUACCUUUGAAUUCGACUUUAAGAAGCAACGCAGUCAACGGCAGGAGAACGAUCAUGUCAAAACAAGAGUUGAAUGGAAGGACGUCAAUCAUCGCGAUGCAUUGAAACUUAUCGACAUCCCGAGACAGCAAAAUAAACAGGAUCGCGACGAGAUCGAUUUCGCCAACAGUAAUGACAAUGAGGAUGAGCCGGUGUUUCUUAGUUUUGAUUGUCUGAAGAAUAUUCACAGUUUAAGCCGAUCGAUGCACGAUUUGAUAGAUAAUUUGAAUGACAACAAAAUGCCUCGAUGUCGUCUCAAGUCGCAAAGUGCUACUUCAUCGCUCAAUAGCAUUCCGGAAAAUUUAAACACGUGUAAUUAUCAUAGUAGUUCAUCUAUUCAUUGUGAUGAAGUCAUUGUAAAGACUGUUGCAACUCCCAUUAACCAUCGAAACGACGAAAAACAUAAAAAGUCGCCGAAGGAAACAAAAAAUCUCGACUUGAACUGCGAGACACCCAAGUUAUCGAGUAAACUUGCCGCCGCAAAUCGACAAAGUAAAUGCAAUAGAAAAAAUUUGCGCGAUUUGAAUCGUGAGAGUAGGUUCAACAAUGAUGACUUUCGCAACAGCAACACGACCGUAUCAACAUCGAGCGACAGCUUAACCGGUGACAGUUCAGUUGGCAACGAUAUCGAGACUUCCGAUAGUUUCGUAAAUAUUCAAUUCGCGCGUUUGGCACGCGGACAAAAAUCAAGCUCGACGCAAAGCAUGGAGUCGACCGAUAGCUUCGAGAAUGUGAGCUUCCAAUACGUGCACCAAAAUAAUUGUCUUGUGGAUCGUCCUCUGCAAAUUUCUUCGAAACUCACAGUUAAUCAGGAUCAGAAUAAGUUCUCCGCAAAGACGUUACAGACCCGAAUACAAUAUUCAACUGCGCUAAAUGCGUUGAGGUCACCCAAGCUGGACAUUCAGUCUGACAAGAAGAACUGCCAAAAUCUAAGAGUUCAAGAAACAGACAAAUAUAUGAAGAACGAAUUGGUAAAGCUGCGGCAUGAAAGAUAUAUUAGUAGGAAAAGUCCGAUAGAUUCCAGAAAUGUCAGGAGCAAAAGAUACAGUUGCUAUUCACCGUGCGCGUCAAAAAGAUCGCCUGAAGAGGUACGCAGCGCCGACAAAGUUACGACGCGGAAGUUUAGUUCAACGGAUGAAUUGCGCGAUGAAGUGAGACAAAAGCCAACGACGCGAACGAAACGAUUCAGCUUAUUUUAUACGCCGCAGCCAUUAAGGAAGACGUACGAAGGCGAGGCAAAAACUGGGAGGAUCGCGUGCAAGUCAAUGAGUCGCGCCCAGAAGUCUGAGAGUAAGAGAAGGGACGGAGAAGAAGCAGAGAAGGAGAGAUUAGAUAAGAGCAGAAGAUCGGUAAUUGAUGCUUCAACAGUCGCAAGUAGAAGCAAAUCCAACAGACAGAAUGUUCAUGUGAAACCGAGUGUUUUAGUGAAUGCAAACAGAAUAAAGUGAUAAAUGGUAAGGGAUUAAGGUGAUUAGUGCCGAGGAUAUGCAAACAUUCAGAUGCGUGGCAGAAACCAAAGUUCAAUGUAAUUGCUUUAAAAAUGAAGCGUUAAUUGCAAAGAUAAUGUUGGUUAAAGUAAUUAAAAAACUGGUCAGUGCUCUCCGAUGUAAAAUGAUCGGAAAGGCAAGUUUCAUCAAAAUUGAAGACUAUUAUAGUUAUAUGCGCGAAGAGAUUUUGCAUCAUUUUAAAUUCUAUUAAAUUGCAUCUAAAGUUAUGGGAAAGUAACUAAAGUAAAAAUUGAAUCGUAGAAAAAAAAGAUGAUUUAUUAAAUCUAUUUAAUCUUUUGAGUCUCACAAUUUUUAGAGAUUUUAAAUUUUCAAAUUUAGAGAUAUCAACAGCUCCAACGAAAAGUA